CCGGCCAGCAGGGAGUUUCCUGCCUCUCAGUCGGGCUUUGGAGACUCCGGCGUCCUCCGGCUUUUCAUGGAAGAGAUGUCAGGAGAAAGCGUGGUGAGCUCAGCCGUGCCGGCGGCUGCUACCCGCACCACCUCCUUCAAGGGCGCCAGUCCCAGCUCCAAGUACGUGAAGCUGAACGUGGGCGGAGCCCUGUACUACACCACCAUGCAGACGCUCACCAAGCAGGACACCAUGCUCAAGGCCAUGUUUAGCGGGCGCAUGGAGGUGCUCACCGACAGCGAAGGCUGGAUCCUCAUUGACCGCUGCGGGAAGCACUUCGGGACCAUACUCAACUACCUUCGGGACGGGGCCGUGCCGCUGCCCGAGAGUCGCCGGGAGAUCGAGGAGCUGCUCGCAGAAGCCAAGUAUUACCUCGUCCAGGGCCUGCUGGAAGAGUGCCAGGCGGCGCUACAACAGAACAAAGACACUUACGAGCCAUUCUGCAAGGUUCCUGUCAUCACUUCAUCCAAAGAGGAACAAAAACUUAUAGCCACCUCCAACAAGCCAGCCGUGAAGUUGCUCUACAACAGAAGUAACAACAAAUACUCGUAUACCAGCAAUUCUGACGACAAUAUGUUGAAAAACAUUGAACUGUUUGAUAAGCUGUCUCUGCGCUUCAACGGAAGGGUCCUGUUCAUAAAGGACGUCAUCGGGGAUGAGAUCUGCUGCUGGUCUUUUUAUGGUCAGGGCCGCAAGAUCGCCGAAGUCUGUUGUACUUCCAUUGUCUAUGCCACCGAGAAGAAGCAGACCAAGGUGGAGUUCCCCGAAGCCCGGAUUUAUGAGGAGACCCUGAAUAUUUUGCUGUAUGAGGCCCAGGACGGCCGGGGACCUGACAAUGCACUCCUGGAGGCCACCGGCGGGGCAGCUGGGCGCUCCCAUCACCUGGAUGAGGACGAGGAACGGGAGCGAGAGCGGAUCGAGCGCGUGCGGCGGAUCCACAUCAAGCGCCCGGACGACAGGGCCCAUCUCCACCAGUGAGCAGGCUGGCAGACCAGGCACCCUCCUCCCCACCUUCCUCCCCCAUGUCCCGUGCCGCGGGCCUCCCCCCCCCAUCCUGCCCCACUCAGCUCCCAUGCAGGCUUCCGGCACCUUCCACCUUCCCUGGAGCCACUUUUGUAACAUGCCGGAUGAUGAUUUUGUUAUGUCUGGACAAGGUGGGUUGAUUCUGUCUUGCCCAGGUGUACACACCCCUCCUGUUGAACAAGCUGUGGCUCAGGUCUCCACUUUUUGUGAGGAUCCGAGGAGCCAGGCUUUCUUGGUUCUCCCAGAAAAAGUCCGAAUGUGAGUGUGUGUGUGAGGACUUUUGUUGGCAGUAUUUAUUUUUGUGGGUGUUGACUCCCUGUUAGGGUUUCUCUUCUGAGUGGGGCUCUGCAGUGGGCCGACGGGAGCGGUGGGAGCCUCCUGUCCUGUGACCUUCCAGCCUCGGCAGACGGGGCCCUGGUCCCUGUGUGUUCCAAUGAACAGCCACCGCGCAUGGCAGUGGAGUGUCUCGUCUCUUAAUAUCCCUUAGUGUUGCUCUGGGUCUAGUCUUCAGGAGCAGACCUUUUGCCACCGUGGCUGCCCUUUGUCUGGGACGCGCUGGAACCACAUUGGCAAGGAGCAAAGCUUUCCCUGGCAGUGCGUUGUCCUGCUCUCCUCCUGCUCCUUCUACUCGCUGUUCGUGACCCACUGCAUUCCCGAGGGUCCAAGGGUCACCUCGCAGGCUGAGCGGCCCAGGAUCCACUCCUUCCCCUGCAGAAGUGGGCGCCUUGCCUCUUUGGUCAGCAAUCAGAUGCUUCCUCCCAGCCUGGGAGCCUGACCGGCACCAGCUCAGAGGGAG